GCAGGGGCACCGGCGAGAUUUAUUUCUCCAGAAGAUUUACGUAAAACUUGAAAAUUCCCGAAACCAGGACCUAGGAUGUCCCGCUCCCUGCAACGCUUGAUGGCAAGCAGCUGCCGUCGUUGGGCCCAACAACCCACCGUCCGUCACUUUGCCGCUCCCGCAGAUUCCACCAAAGGCAAGGGUCCGAUCUCCUGGAGAAGUCUGGCGGUCAUUGGAGCUCUGGGAGCCGGUGGCCUGGGAUUCAUGCUGUACGUGAAGAGCGAGAAGGACGAGGCGAGGCUGAAGGAGCGCCAGCGGCAACUGGGCAAGGCGGCCAUCGGCGGCAAGUGGGAAUUGGUGGACUCCCAGGGAGCGGUUCGCAAAUCGGAGGACUUCCUGGGCAAGUGGCUGCUCAUCUACUUUGGAUUCACCCACUGCCCGGACAUUUGUCCCGACGAGCUGGAGAAAAUGGCCGCCGUGGUGGAUGAAGUGGAAAAGUCCCCCCAAACGCCGGCUGUGCAGCCCAUCUUCAUCACCGUGGACCCAGAACGUGACUCCAAAGAGGUGGUGGCCAAAUAUGUUAAGGAGUUCUCGCCCAAACUCCUCGGACUCACAGGAACCGUCGAACAGAUCCGCAAAGUUUGCAAGGCCUUCAGGGUUUACUUCAGUGCCGGUCCGCGGGAUGAGGACAACGAUUAUAUCGUAGAUCACACCAUCAUCAUGUACCUCGUGAAUCCCGAUGGCGAGUUUGUCGACUACUACGGACAAAAUCGGGACAAGGAUCAGUGUGUGGCCUCCAUUCUGGUGAACAUUGCCAAGUGGAACUCACUGAACAAAAAGGGAUGGUUCAGCUAGGCUGAUUGAAGUCCACAAAUGUUAAUUCGUUGUAUUAAUUUUUCUUAUAACGUAUGCUUUUAGAAAUAUAGCAAAAAAAAGUUCUGGUA